GAUUGAACAUUUGGACCUUGAGUCAUAAAUAUUCUCUCUAUAUUAGAAGAGCUCUCUCCCCCACCACGACCGUACACCCCGGCACGCAACGACUAGCGAGAGAAAAUAAAAAAAAGUCUCACCUUUUUCCUCUGAUUUUGCGUCCGCCCCAUCAAUUUCGAGUCCAUGAAGCUAUCAAGCUUCUGUUCCGCAACAACCCAGACCCAGGAAUAAAUAGAUGAAGAAGCGACAAAAUUCUUCCAGUACAUUUAUUGAAAAACGCGAAAAGCGUUCUCAAGAAGCGGUGGUACUCAUGUAUCCUCAGUAAGAACUCCUCAGACGGCUCUGCUUUCGCACAGUAGAGAACAAAAAAGCAGGCUGUUUCUUCCAUUUAAGAUUGUGUUGACGACAUGGCUGCUGGGAAGUUACUCCCAACUGAUUCCCCUAAAGCUGGUGGCGUGUUUGGGGAGCCACAAAUAUUCCCUCGAGUGGGGGAACAGUAUCAGGUUGAUAUUCCACCAUAUACACAGAAUUGGACUGAUGAUGAUGACUCUUGGGAUGUAUUUGUUGGACUGCACAUACCUUUAAGGUGGGCAAAUCUUGGAGGAAAAACAAACCAAAAACUGGAUGGUUCACAAAUUGCAUCUAGUAGCAGUGGACCCGAGUCAUCGUCAGAUAUUAUCUUGGAGGAUGGAAAGUUAAUAAAUGCAUCAAUUGAGGAUAAACAACCAAAAGGGGAAUGUCCAGGCUACUGUUUACUUCCCGACGGCAUUGUUGAUCCGUGGACUAAAAAUGAGAAGGCAGGUUUCCUCCUUGGUCUCUAUGUAUUUGAGAAAGAUUUUACUCACUUGAAAAGGUUUGUUCAAACUAAAAAGGCCUGUGACAUAAUGUCAUAUUAUUAUGGGGAGUUUUAUGGAUCUGAUGAGUACCGUAGAUGGUCAGACGGUCGAAAAGUUAGAAGCCGGAAGUGUGUGUAUGGGCAAAAACUUUUUACUGGAUCAAGGCUGCAGGAACUGUUAGGUCGCUUACUUCCUCACAUGUCAGCAGAGCGCCAAAAUGAAUUGUUGGAGCUCUCCAAAACAUUUGGGGAGGGAAAAGUGCAAUUGGAAGAGUUUGUCUUUACGUUGAAGCAUAUGGUGGGAAUGGCCAGUCUCAUAGAAGCAGUUGGAAUAGGCCAAGGAAAACAAGAUCUCACAAAUAUGACCUUAGAACAUACAAGGUCCAAUCAUGUCAUUACCGUGCGUUCAGAGGUACCAAUUGGCAAAGCUUGUGCCUCUCUUAAACCGGCUGAAAUUAUCAAGUAUCUGACCGGAGGUUGUAGACUGAGCAAAACACGGUCUAAUGACUUGUUUUGGGAGGCCGUGUGGCCACGUUUACUGGCAAGAGGUUGGCAUUCUGAGCAACCUAAAAACAUGGCUUAUGCUGCUGGUGGUGGUGGUUCCAAGCAGAGUUUAGUUUUUCUCAUGCCUGAUGUUAAAAAGUUUUCUCGGAAACUCAUCAAGGGGAGCCAUUAUUUUGACUCUGUUACAGAUGUUCUGAGCAAAGUUGCUUCUGAACCUAAAUGGAUUGACCUUGAUACAGAUGAUCAAGAUGGUAAAAAGAAACAAGAAGAUGAAAGAGGGGAUGAUGGAUCAAAGAUGGACACGGACGAUCUGUCUACGAUGAGAUGUCACUCUUAUCUUCAACCAAGAACUCCUAACCAAUAUACAGAUGACAUUAAAUUUACUGUUGUUGAUACCAGCCUUUGCAGCUCUAAACCCUACAAAGUGAGAAAUUUGAGAAGCUUUCCGUUGGAAAUUUCAAGAAAAUUGUGCCCUCAAAUUCAUUUUGAGGGUAAGUCGAAGGACAACAAUGUUGAUAACAUGUCCCUUGAUCAAACUGAGCCAGUUCGUGCUGGAUCCAAUACAACCUUACCUAGUGGUGAAAGAUCUUUCCACAGGAAAGAUCAUGAAGUGGGUGCUACAAAUCGGAAGGUGUCACAUUUUAGAAACCAAGCGCUCCAUGCCGACAAUACUUUGAACAAUGAAGAUCUUUGUGAAGAUUCGAAGUCAAGAAAGGUGUUGAAACCCUGCAUUGGCCGUAAAGUGAAAAAAGAAAAUGCAGACAAUACAGGGCAUGUUUCCAAACGACCCCGGGGACUAACUGCUGGUAGUCACACAGAGACAAAAAAUAUAAGCUGUGUUUCCAGAGAGGAGGUGCCAAGUUAUUGUUUAAGCAUGAAUAAUAUGCCUUCAAGCAAUGCUCUGCAGAUGAAUUCCAAUGAGGAUAGAAUAUCAUCCAAUGUUUCAUCAAAAAGCAGUCCUUCUGAGAGCAUUGAACGCGUGGCUGUUAAUAAAUUUUUUGUUGCAGAAGUGUCUCCUGCAGAACAUCGACCAAAGGUCUUGAUUGACCUUAAUGUGCUUCCAGACUCGCCAGGUUCUGAAAAUGGAGUUGCCGUAACAGAUACCACUGAAGAACAGACUGAUAGCCAAAAGAAACCCGAAAGUCAUUGUGAAUUGCAAUUGUUAAGCAGUGUAGACACUUCUGGUCAGCAGCAGCCAGCUAUGGCGAGUUCAAGGAGGCAUAGCACCAGAAACCGUCCUCCAACCACGAGAGUACUCGAAGCUUUGGCCAAUGGGUUCUUGACUGUAAACAGAAGGCCAAAGAAUAAAGAAGCCGGAUCACAACAAAAUUUGGGGUCAAAGAGUUCACAACAAGCCCAUGGCAGAACAAAGACUGCUGGGUUUGGGAAUCACUCUCAAGUGUCCAAGAUUGAUGAGGAAACACAUGGUGUUUGCAGUAGCAGGGCAAAGAAAGAUGUGUUCAGCAAACUAAAGGCUCCGCCUAACCAGAAUGGGCGAACCAUCGGAGGCCUCUGAACUUGUGAAACAUGUUCCCUCCUCCUACUUCAAAGGUUCAAACUGGUUGUGACUAUUGUAUGAGUUUUAAAAUGUCAAGCUGCUCCUCGAAUGCGAUGAAGACAAAUUAACGAGUCAACCAAUCUUUGUCAAUGAGUGAGGUUAGGGAAGACAAAUGAAUGAAGUGUGCCUGA